AUUCUGUAUACUUAAUAUUUUGACAAGUUGAGUUUGAACGUGUGACUGGAAAUAUCAAGAUCUGUCUGCAAUUCCGCAGAUGAUCGUGUAGGAGAUGAACGCAAUAUCGCCAAAAUCCUCUCUGGCUAAACUAGGACUAUUCGGACGACCAAAAACUAUCAAGGUCAUGGUACUGGGACAAGGGGGUGUUGGAAAAUCAGCUAUGGUUGUCAGAUUCAUAACAAGACGUUACAUCGGCGAAUAUGAUCCCACUUUGGAAAAAGUCUACACUUUUCACACGUCUAUCGACAACGAGUUAGUGUAUUUUGAAAUAUUGGAUACUGCUGGCCAACACGAAUCAGAAUGUGUCGGCCUAGAAGCCAACAUCAGAUGGGCAGAAGCCUUUAUCCUCAUGUACUCCGUUACGGACAAAUGUUCCUUCGACGAAUGCCAUCGACUUAAGUUCCUCAUUAACUACAAUAAGAGAAGACGGCGGCUGGGUAGUCCCAUCAAAGAAGGCUGUGGGGACGUACCGGUCGUACUGGUAGGUAACAAAACAGACCAACUCGAAGACAGAAUGAUCUCCUCCGAAGAGGGCCAAAGAAGAAGCAAAGAAAUGGGCUGUGUAUGUUUCCACGAGAUCUCCGUUAGGGAAAGUAUUGAACAGGUAUGGGACGUUUUCAGAGACGUUUGUCGCUUUUGGAGAGUCCACAGCAAAAAUCCUUCGAAGCUGCGACGUAGCGCUAGCGAAAAGGAUCCCAUUUCUCCAGAUACCAUCAGGUUGUUGUGUUCCGCAGCUGUCUCCCCGAGUAGUUUGAUUCCUUAUGGAUGUAGAACUUCAGGUACCAUCUCGAGAAGAUGGACAGAAGACGAACUGGUAGAGCAGGACGAAUCAGAAACCAAUGAUAGCGCCACCUCCAGUCCACCCGAACCGACUACGCCGUUUCGGGAGCGAGCUUCAACCGACGGCCUCAUCCAUCAGAAGCCCUGGAGAUGGCGAUAUCCCCCGCCUAGUCUCUCGACCGAUCUCAGCGGGUUCACAUCGAGAGCCAGCAGGAGAAUGAGCAUCUCAAUGAAGGGGAACAAUGCUAGUUAUUAAGAAAUGUUGUAUAUAUGUAUUCGAAAGAACGGGAAAAUAGGUUAUAAGGAGGUGGAUUUUUUCACAAACACCCAGGUUCAGUAAGUAACAACAAAAAGUAAAUGAUACCAGAAAGGAAAGUAAGAAAAUACAGAAAUAUUCUGCACUAGUAUUCUAGAAUAAAGGGUUGGGUUUAUGUUAUCUAGGAACUUAAAAUAAUAAAAUGUCUUAAUACCAAUCCCGAGUGUAUUAUUUAUUAUUCUACAAGCGUUUAUAUAUCCUUUAUUGGCUGACCUUUGUGGUGUUUGUUAAAAGAUUCAUAAGAUUGCAGUGUUCGUUAAUCAUCUCAAAAUAAAAAAUUCAAUUGUUGUAUACGUUAAGAACUGUUAAUGAAUUUAAAACAUGUUAAACAGAAUGUUUAAAUAUUUUUUCUGGGACCAGUUGUUGCCAAAAAAUACAUACAAGUAGUAACUGCUUACAUGUGAUAUGAAAGACAGUGUUCGUUCAUACUCAUGCAAAAAUAUAUCACCAAUAAGAUUCAUUUGAACGAGUCUAACAUCCAGUUUGAACAAUACCAACCGCCAGAAAUGUCUCGUAUAUAUCUAGACACCUACAGACCCUCUAGACCCUAUUUGCAUAAUAUAACAAUUCAUUUAUGUACAUAAAUAUCUGUUUGAAAGCCAUCAAAGCCAUUUUGACAAUACCAAGACCAACGUAGACAAAACUUGGGCUAUUGCAUAUGUAUAGGUCAAGGAACUAUAGGUAUCUACGAUAGUGGUUUCUCAUGUCAUAAAAUGCGGAAUUUUUUGAUUUUUCCAAAAGCAGCAUGAUAUUAUGGAUAUAGUCUUAUAGUUCGGUUGAAAAUGAAUUCUUCGGCGACAGUUUGGAGAAAAAAAUAAUUUAUAUAAGUUGGUUAUCGAUUAAUCCAUAUUCCAAUUGGUGAAACUCUGCUUGUGCAACGACUGCGUUGUAGGCGGGAGUGUUUUGAUGAAAAAAUUUGUUGCGUAAAAAAACAGGACGUUUUUUCCUUAAAUCGGCGUCAAAACAGUCUAGUGGAGCUGAAUAGUUAUUGUUAUAACCUUUUUUAUUCCAAAUCAUAAAAUUAUAAUUAGUUGUUGUUUUCCUUUCAAAUUUUGAAGCGCGACAUGCCUUGAUUGAAGAUCAAAUCCAAGAAAAAUUCGAUUUACACCUUUAUCAAAUGCUAAGUUCAAAUAAGCGGCGUAUUUCGAAAUGCAUGUGUAAAGAUGCAGGUUUCCAGACCAUCUGGAAAUUAUUAGAAAACAUUUUAUCAAUAUAUAGCUAUUAAAUCUUAUUUGAGCAAGUUCAAGAAUACCUAUUAUGUUCUCUCUGUCUCCUGCAAAGAUAAAAAUAGUUUAGUAAUGAGAAAAAUAUUAUAAGAGCCAGAAGAAAUAUUAAGACCAUUUUGAAUUUUCCAUUAAAAUUUUGUCUAUGCCUAAACAUACGAAUAAAAUAAAUAAAUAUAUGUGAGUAUAUUUACUCUAUUUUUCUUAUUGUUCCUAUUUUGAAAUUAAAAAUUUAUGAAUGGGUUUAUAUUUGUGAUUUUUUUUUGAGAAAAUCUG